CGAUUCAGAAGGGAUCCAUCCCCAAACUCAACUCUCUGCUGCGGCACGACGGUGGGGUUGGGGGAGGGGUGGUGUGGCGGCGGCACGGCGGUGGGGUGGGGUGGGGCGCCGGCGGUGGUCGGCAGCAGCGCCACCUUUCCACGUGAUUCGCGGCAACAUGAAUCAACCCCCAUGCUGCUCCGGUGACGUCGAGGCAUCUGCGAACGGCGGCCUCGAUUCGCCGAUUGCUCAUCCAGCAUCCACUGAAUUAAGAUACUCAGAUGAAUGUGUGACCUGGGAAAUCUACAUCAUGAGCUUAUUGCCUAAAAUUGUACAUGUUAUUCUUAGAGAACGAAGUGACAUGGCAGGGAGAUUGGACUUUAAUGAUGUGCAUUCCGAUGCAGAAUCGGUUACUGCAGGUAUUCCGAAUCGACGAGAUCAAUACACCACGCCUCAAAAGUCCUCAAGCACUCCAUUCUGUGGUUCGUAUUUUAUUCCAGACUGUGAUGAUUCUAUGGUGCCAAACAUCGGUAUGACUUUUAAUGGUUUAGAAUCAGCCAAGGAGUUUUAUGAAAGCUAUGCGCUUAGAGUUGGCUUCUCAGUUCGCAUUGGACAACACAAGAAAGUUGAUGGAGUGGUUCUGUACAAACUGUUCCUUUGUGCGAACGAAGGAUUCUGGGAGGACAAAGGUGAGAGAGGACUAGAAUCUGGUAGUGAGAAAAGGAGUUAUGAGAAAAGAAUCACUAGGUGUGGUUGUGAGGCGAAGCUGGUUAUUAAACUAGUCGAUGGCGAUAAGUAUGUUAUCACGGGAUUUGAGCAAGGUCAUACACAUGCAUUCGUUUCUCCUGACAAGAGGCAUCUCAUACGUUCCAACAGAAAGCUUACCUUGAGUGGUAGAAACACAUUGCUCACGUGCCAUAAAGCUAGCAUCGGUACAUCACAAGCAUACCGAUACCUUCGUGUUGGUGUAGGAGGGUUUGAGAAUGUUGGAUUUACAAAAAGGGACUUGCAGAACUACCAUAGUGCUCUAAGAGUUUUGAUAAAGUCCUCAGAUGCUCUAAUGUUUGUUGAUCAGUUGAGUAGGAAGAGUCUUGCAAACCCAGGUUUUUAUUUUGACUAUGUUGUGGAUGACAAGGGGAGGUUAAUUCAUGUAUUUUGGGCAGAUGCUAUUUGCAGGAAAAAUUAUGCUCACUUUGGAGAUCUCGUCUCUUUCGACUCUACAUACAGCACCAAUGAGUAUGGCAUGGUUUUUACCCCUUUCACAGGAGUGAACCACCACAAGAGCAGUGUACUUUUUGGUGCUACAAUGUUAUCUGACGAGACAAUGGAGUCCUAUAUGUGGUUGUUCCACACUUUUUUGAAAGCAAUGGGAGGUGUUGCACCUAAGCUAAUUAUCACUGAUGAAGCUGCAAGCAUGAAAGCUGCAAUAAGAGAAGUUCUGACCACUACUAUUCAUAGACUAUGCAUGUGGCACAUUUUGAUGAAGGUUUGUGAGAAGGUUGGACCAAUUCUGAAAGAGGAUGAAAAAUUCAAAGCCCGACUAAGCUCUUGUGUGUGGUCUUCUGAAACACCACUCGAAUUCGAGGAUGAAUGGAGUUGUAUUAUUUAUGAAUAUGGGUUGGAAGACAACGAAUGGUUCAGUACAAAGUUCGAUCAACGGCGUUCAUGGGUGCCAGCUUAUUUUAGUGACAUACCUUUGUUAGGAUUGUUAAGGACCACCUCAAGGUCAGAGAGUGCCGAUUCAUUCUUUUCUCGUCUAAUUGGGUGGAAGCUUGCUUUGGUGGAGUUUUGGCUCAGGCUUGAUGCUGCACUAGAAGAACAAAGACAUAAGGAACUAGAAGAAGAUAACAUUACGCUCCACACAAUCCGCAAUUUGAAGACAGAAUGGGUGAUAGAGAAGCAUGCAAGUGAGUUCUUCACACUAGGGGUGGGCAUAUUUAGACCGAACCGAAGAACCGAACCGAAAAGACCGAGACCGAGACCGAAAAGACCGAGACCGAGAAAUUCGGUUAUCUAUUCGGUCCCAGCCCUCAAAAGACCGAAUUUAUUUCGGUUAUUGGGUUCGGUUAACCGAAUUAACCGAAAUGACCGAAAUUUUGGCCCAAUAGACCUAGGAAGCCCAAUAAGCCCACUAAAACAAACCCUAGAAGUGAUACUAACCCUACUACCAGUGCAGCCUCCUCCUCCAGCCCCACCACGCCGCCGCCUCCUCCUCCAGCCCCCACCGCACCGCCGCCUCCUCCAGCCUCCACCGCGCCGCCGCCGCCGGCUCUGCCCUCCACCGCGCUGCCGCCGCCUCCGCCCUCCCCUGCGCCGCGGCCCGCCUCCGCCCUCCACCGUGCGACCGCCGCCGCCGUCCUCCACCGCGCCGCGGCCGCCGCCCUCCACCGCGCGUUCCAAAUUUUUUCGUUCCAAACUCUCCUCAAAAAUUUCGGUCAGACCGAGACCGAAAAAACCGAGACCGAAUUUGCCGGUCCUGAGUUUUUUUGGAUGAAAUUCGGUCCUGAGUUUGCGAAGACCGAACUGACCGAAAAACCGAAGACCGGGACCGAAUUUUUCGGUCUGACCAAACGCCCACCCCUACUUCACACAUGAGGUAUUUAGCAUAAUUUAGAAAGAGGUGCUAGCUGCCAGGGACCGUUGCCUUAUUGACAAUGUGCAACAAGAUGGCGAGGUCAAAAUCAUCGAUAUCAUUGAAGAAUCCAGGAAGCCAAGAGUUGUGCGUUAUGAUAGACAGACAAUGGUUGCAACGUGCACAUUUAUGCUGUUUGAAACUCAUGGUAUACCAUGUCGUCAUCUAAUUCCAGUCCUAAGAAGUGCCCAGCUAAGUGAACUGCCGAGAUACUAUUUAUUGGAAAGGUUUAGGAAGGACUGCAAGAAGACACAUGUGUUCGAUGCAGAUGGUAUCUUGUUGGAAGAAAACACAAGCAACAGUAAUGAUCCUGUGAUGCAAAAAAUGCUUUCAGAAGCAUGCAACCAAAUGGAGAAGCUCAUCCUACAAGCUAAGCAAUCAGCAGCAGCUAUGCAACUUUUGAGGGAUGAACUAGUUGUGCUUGGUGAUAAAUUAAAUGAGAUGGUUCCUGAAAAAGAGCUUAGCCAAAUUGAGGAAUUUGAAUCAUAUCUUGGAUGUAGCAUUCCAAGUCAAAUUGAAAUCCACCCGCCAAAUGACACUCGUUCCAGGGGUCGGAUAAAGAGAAUUAAAGGGCACAAUGACAAGGAGAAAAAGCAAAACAAGAAGAGAAAGAAAAAAGAGAGAGUACCACGAAGGUGCAAGAAGUGCAAACAAGUCAUGCUGCACGAUUCGCACAACUGUCCUAACAAAGAACCACAACAGUGAUGCAAGGUUCUAUACAUCAUGCUUCCUUAACUAUCAGUCAUCUUAUAAUAGUUGUCAUACAAUUUCCUGGAAGAAGUUAGCAUUUCUCUGUAAAAGAUUGUGUGUUGUCAUCCAAAAUUCAACUAACGGUGUAUCGUAAAGUCUAUAGUGUGGCAAGAACAUUCUGGUUCUAAUUGACAUGCUGUAGAUUUCCUUGGAACAAAGUAGCAAUUCAUGUAAAAGAUAAUAGGUGGCCAUAUAAUAUUUAACUAACAGCAGGUAGUGAACACAUGUUGAAAUAUAAUUAGUUGGGACCAUUGUGAGGUAAUAACAUUUUUAGUAUUGUCGUCAUGAGUCUAAUUAUUAGUAUAAAUCGCAAAUGUACAAUUGUCCUGUUAACUGAUGUGGUCCCUUGCAUUUUUGCAUGGGUUCUUAUUUAUAGUUCUUUAAGUU